CGACCACACCCAAGGUUGACUCUGAUUUUUCAUCUGCCUCGCUUCGACAACCGCUUACGUCCCCACAUCGUACAUUCACGUCGGCAACGCUUCUCAAAAAUUCUUCAUUUGUCGUCUAUCUGAUUAGACCGCCCCUUACGUGUUCUCACCCACAAACAGCGAGUCAUGGGACAAACUCUCUCCAAUCCAUCCACCGACAAGAUCUCGGAGUCGGGGGAGAACGAUCGAGUCGUCUACGCCGUUUCUGAGAUGCAGGGAUGGAGAAUAACCAUGGAAGAUGCACAUGCUACCAUCCUAAACUUAGAUGGGGACGCGCCUCAGACUUCCAUGUUCUUUGCUGUGUACGAUGGACACGGUGGCAGCACCGUGGCCAAGUUCGCAGGCAAGAAUGUUCACCAGCGAUUGGUGGCUGAGGAAUCCUAUCGCGAGAAGCGUUACGACGAAGCCUUAAAGAAGGCAUUCCUGGGUACUGAUGAAGACCUCCUCGCCGACCCGGCACAUACCCGUGACCCAUCCGGAUGCACCGCCGUUGCUGCUCUCAUUACCACUGAUAAGAGAAUAUUUGUGGCCAACGCGGGAGAUUCGCGGUCUGUAAUCAGUGUGAAGGGAGAGGUCAAGCCCUUGAGCUUUGAUCACAAACCCUCAAGUGAUACCGAGAGAGCCCGUAUUGUUGGCGCUGGAGGUUACAUCGAAUAUGGCCGCGUCAAUGGCAAUCUUGCCCUCUCCAGGGCACUCGGAGAUUUCGAGUUCAAGAAGAAUUACGCCCUUACUCCCCAAAAGCAAGUGAUCACUGCCGACCCUGAUGUCACUGAGCACGCAAUAACGGACGAAGACGAAUUCUUGGUAAUAGCAUGCGAUGGUAUCUGGGACUGUUUAUCAUCGCAGCAAGUGGUCGACUUCAUCCGUCUCAGAGUCUCUGAGGGCAAAGAACUGCAGGAGAUUGGCGAGGAGAUGUGCGAGCACUGUCUAGCUCCCGACACAUCUUCUGGAGCUGGAAUUGGAUGUGACAAUAUGACCGUUCUCAUCAUCGCCCUUCUAAAUGGGAAAACCAAGGAGGAGUGGUACAAAUGGAUCAAGGACCGCGUGGAGUCAAAAUAUGGCUGGGAUACCCCCGACACCCUCCCUCAGAUAUACUCGCAAAACAGACUCAUGGCGUUCAAGGCUCGGAGAGAAGCUCAGGAGGAACGUGACCGGCUUCGUAAGGAACGGGGCGAAGAACCGGCAAACAGCUCAUCAUUCCUUGGAGGGGCAAGUGCAUUGUCCGGGUUUGCGCGAGUCCUCGGUGGUAAUGGUGGCAUCACUUUCCAACCCGGCGCAGGCAUCUUCACUGAUGGUGGUCCGCUGAUGUUUGCCAAUGCUGACGACGAUGACGAAAGCGGAGAUGAAAUUGACGAUGAGGGUGUUGCAAGUCGGGCGUUCUUGAGCGAGGCCUUUGGAAUAGGGCGACAAUCAGACGAUCCCACACAGAAUCUCCGGGACAGGCUUGCAGCGUUCGAGCACGAUAUACGGGAAGAUAAUAUGGAUGAAGAUGGGGAUCACCUCGACUUUGGCGGCGCCAGGAUGGAGGUGGUUGAUGAUGACGGCAACGAUGAGUCAAUCACCUUCCAGAGUCCGGACCAGUCCGCGGGGCAAUCAGCACCAAUAAACGGUGUCCCUGGGGAGGCGCCCCCUCCACCGAAAACAGCUGUCAACGGCAGUGUCGCCCCCGUCGAGCAACUCAAGUCACAACCGGUAGGGGAUGAACCCAGCCCCGCUGUCAAGGCCGAUGGCUUGCUCGAUUCCAGCGAGGAUCCUUUGAAGCAGUAAUUUAUGGGAUCGGACCCUCCUGUGAUACAUUCAUAAACCUAGCUACCCCCGUUCUUUCCAGGCUCGCAAGUUGCCCAGGCUCCAACAUGCUUCCUUAAUCUAUCGGUUUUCUGUUGUUUCGUCAUCCUUCCUUGUAGCAGUUUCACGGUUUGAUAACAUUCCCAGGUUCGAACUUCCGUAUCAUACAUCAUAUACUGUCCUACUGGCUCUCUCAUGUACUAGUAUAGUGGUCCAUACCUGUCUUUCGUACUCAUGUGACUCACACGACUUCAUGUAUGACUACUAUCUCCCCCUCGCACAGACAGACGAUGUUGAGUGAGCCAGACGACGUUGGAAGUGCGCCUACACCGAGCAAAGCCCCACCAGAGCCAUCCGUGACUUGAACAAUACUUUGCUUUGCCCACUUCUGCUUCGAGUCUCCGCCUCGGUAUAUGUAGACGUUCGCGCCUAGACCUCGGGCUCCGCUCUCAAACGCAAGCACUGUACUACCUGCCACAUGGUACGUAAACCGGGUGUCGCGUUUAGAUGCAAGCACAAAAGAGAGGGCGGAAAAAGUAGAAGUGUGAAUCCAAGUGGGCGGACCACCAUCUGUUCCAGGAUCAUCGAGAGUGAACACAGUGCCAUCUAAACCGUUCUUGAUCACGAAAGAUGUGAACGGAAAGGGUCCGGGGAGAUCAGUGGAUAGGAGGGUGAGCGACGAGUCCAACUUCAACGCCCAUGACGGUGUUGAUCCGUCUUCCGACACCCAAGUGAGCACCGAGAAUUGGCCCACGGAGACAUCAACUUCUUCGUCCAUCUCUCCCUGGGCAAGAGAGGGUGCACCUCGCCCAAGCCCAAGCCCGCUCAUGUCCUCGCCGGAUUGGAGCGCGGCUGUGUAUUUUUCGAGGUUCUCCCGAAUCAUGUACAACUCGGAAGGGUCAAGUGUCUCCGGGACCUCGACAUCGUUAGAUGAGGCCGAAGAUAGGUCUCCCGCGAGCACAUGCGUCCAUCGCGUACCCUCGUGUUGUUUGUCCAAGUGCAGCGUGAGAAGCCCAUAUGCGUGUUCCCCCUCCUUGUCCCACGUCCAGAAGCUCGUGGAUGGCUGGAUACCAUCCCACAGCGCGCGCUGCGAGUAGUGCGGUACCGGGAUAGGCACGGAACCGGAUGAAAACGCCGAGAUACCCUGCACGUGCAGUGAAAAGGCUUUCGACGUGAAUAGAACGCGUAUCUGGGACUUUUCUGUCGAAGAAGGGAGGGGAAACGCGACCGUGACCUCGUCGGAUGUCUGCAUCCACGAAUAAGGCGGAGGCCUCGAGAGCUGGGAGGCAUCCUGAUCAAGUGUUUCUCCGGCACGUGGGAUCGGGGCGAGUUCGUCUGGAGAGGGCUCGUAGCUCGGUGCCGCAGGGGCUCCAACUUCGUGAUAGGGCGAACUUCCUACCAGAAGGUGGCUCUUCAAGGCGGGAUGAUACUUUGUGAAGAUGGGAACGUUUUCGCCCCUCCGUCGCCAUGAGAUUUCGAGUUCCCCGAUCCUCAUUUCAUCAGGUGAAGCAGAUAGGUUUAUGCGAGCACCCCAAACAUCGAAGAGCACAAUCUUCCUCGACUUCUCCCCAUCCAAUGGAAGCGACGAGGUUUCUCCGUAAAAGCGAGACGAAAGCACCGCAACGACGGAUCCUUCGGAUGCUUGGCCGACGGAGUGAAUCCGGAAAGGCACGGAUUGGAUCGGAGGCGACGUCGAUUUGUCGACGAGCUCCCAUGUGUGUAGCAAUGAAGCCUGAUUGUUCUCCCGAAACUCGAAGCUGAAAAGAGAGCCUCGGCCAUCCGCGACGAGGACGUGCUUGUGAUCUACAAAUGCAGCUGAUGGGUACUCCGGAUGCAGAGUGCGGGUGGAUGGCGUUUCGAGCACCUGAGGGAGCUCAUAGAUGACAUUGCUCGAAGCCUGUUUUCCGUCCUCGGAUACUUUUACAAGUAUCACCUUGAACUCCGCGUCGACAUACAGACAGAGGCCGCCACUAGGUGCGGCUGCAAGGUGAUUAUGGGUAAUCCUGCUCUCAACUUCAUGGAAAGACAGCGGUGCGUAGCC